CAUCACACGAGUGGUAGUUUAUACUGAUCGGGAUUAAUGGAAGCAUGACAUCUUACGAUACAGUACGGUGCGGUGCGGCGGGGUGCUGAAGAUGAGAACUGCGAUAAUCCAUCCACAAUACCAGCUCCGGUCUCUGGAUGUGCAUAAGGUAGCUCACUGGCGUGUUCCAAGUUUUGAGAAAGUUACUAUUUGUGUUUGACAACAGCCUUGUCUGAUAUUUUCGGACUGCAGACUCGUGAUUGCAGAUUGAAGGAAGCACACCUUUCAAAACAUGACGUCGCUCCCCAGUGUCGUCAUUGCACUCGCAGUCCUGUGUGCGGUGGGAAGCAUAGCUUUAGUAAAAAUUGUGGAUGGAAAGCCCUUUCCAGCUCCCGACUUUAAGCUUUGUAACUUGGCGUUUGGUUCAACGGAAGCCUGCUGCACGUUACCGGAACGCUUGAACCCUCUAAAGGAAUUUGAUUUCCAACCCCAUCUGCCCAUGCGAGUGCGACCCGCGGCUCAUCUUGUCGACGAUGCCUACAUUGCCAAGUACCAAAGAGCAAUGGAACUCAUGCGAGCGCUUCCAGAAACGGAUGGUCGAUCAUUCCAAGCGCAGUACAGACUUCACUGCGCUUACUGCAACAACCAUCUUUACUACGAGUCCCCCGAGCAGCCGUUGGAGAUUCACCAAAACUGGCUGUUCCUCCCCUGGCACCGCCUCUACAUGUACUUCCACGAGCGAAUACUGGCAAAACUGAUCGGCGACGACGAGUUUGCCCUGCCCUACUGGAAUUGGGACAACCAGUCACCGGUUGCCCCCUAUCCCGGAGCGGUUCCGAGAGUAUAUGAUCUUGAGUGGAGUUUAUCACCAGAUGCAAUUAACAAGACAUCGUCACUGUAUGACGCCGACCGCAACAAUUGUAGCAAACCUCCUCGGCUUCCGGAGUUCCACAACUUUACGGCAUGUGAACCGCAGAACUUGACAUUAGCUCGAGAACAGAAUGCCCAAUUGAUGUGGACUCAAGCAGUAUCAGUUUCAGUGACGCCCUUGAUUAUGUCUGGGGCGCCGUAUCGAUUUGGCGACUACGGUGGCAUGGGGAUAGGUGGGAUUGAAGGUAGACCCCAUGGACCAGUGCACUUAUGGGUGAAUGAAAAAGACAUGGGGGUGUUCAAAGAUUCGGCCUCAGACCCAAUUUUUUUCGCGCAUCAUGCUAACAUGGACCGAUUGUGGGAGAUCUGGAAAACAUUUCCUGGGAAGUACCGCAAGGAUGUCACUGAUCCAGAUUACCUCAACACGGCCCUCACCUUCUUCGACGAAGACGGCGACCAGGUGAGCGUCACUGUGGCACAGGCGCUGAACCUCGACCUGCUGAGGGUUAAAUACCAGGAAGUGCCGGUUGCGUGGGCCAACAAAGGAGCAGUGCAGGAAGGCGCAGAUCCUUCCUGGAGAUUCUGCAACCCACAUUCUUCUGAUGCCGACAUCGCCGCAAUGAUCAAUAGGACUCGGCGCUUUAAGGGACCGGUAUGGGUUCAGCAGGACGGGGUAACGUUCAAACUGAGACGACAGCCCUGGAUGUCUGAGCACCUCGGUGAGGAGAUGCUUGAGAUUAAGGGGAACUUCAACUGGAGUUCUAAUCAUGCUUUGAACGCAUUCGCCUAUUACCCGGACGCAAACUAUGAAAGGACCUCGGUUGGGUGUUUCGAGUAUAUCGGUAACCUGCUUUCCUUUCCGCACACUGGCAUGUCACCGGGUAUUAAACCCGUGAUCAGGUUUCGUAUGGGUAUCCAGCGCAAGCUGGAGCUCAUGAGCAGGGCUCAUCUCAAGGAGGUCGUGAUUACGCUUGUCGGUGAAGCACCAGUGGCGUCAACGGAUGACACUGGUGAGACUGGCUUCAACCUCACCAGCUUAACAAUCAUAUACUCCAAAGAGUAGGAUUGUGGGAUAGAAAUCUCCUGGUGUGACAAUGACACCGUACUGAGAAGGGAUCCUUCCCAGAAUACGCUUGAAGCGCAGCUCCCAAUCUACCAAGUGCCAGGAUUUGCGAUUUUGGUCGAUGAAACCACUUAAAUUCUUUGAAACUUGACAUUACCGUGAAACAUAUGGGAAAGAUUGAGUAAAAGUGAAGGGGAUAGUUGCAAGAUGUAGCCUCCAGUCAAAUAAUUACGUUCAUUUAGUUUAUUUCUCAAAAAUAUGCUCGAAAUUCACAAUGGUAUCUUAUCACAAAUAGUUUCAGUUA